UCAGGCGUCGGAGCGGGCGGCCGCGGGCGCCGCCGCCUCCUCCUCCAUGGCUGUUUACCCGGCUGCAUUGUGGGAGUUUGACCUCCGCCGCCGCCAACCGCCGCCUCAGCUUGCGCCGCCGCCGCCGCCGCGCACGCCAUGGGAGCCGUGACUGACGACGAAGUCAUACGGAAGCGCCUCCUAAUUGAUGGAGACGGCGCUGGAGAUGAUCGGAGAAUCAAUCUGCUAGUGAAAAGUUUCAUUAAAUGGUGCAACUCUGGGUCCCAGGAAGAGGGAUACAGCCAGUACCAACGUAUGCUGAGCACGCUGUCCCAAUGUGAAUUCUCAAUGGGGAAAACUUUGCUGGUAUAUGAUAUGAAUCUCAGAGAAAUGGAAAAUUAUGAAAAAAUUUACAAAGAAAUAGAAUGUAGCAUUGCAGGAGCACAUGAAAAAAUUGCUGAGUGCAAAAAGCAAAUUCUUCAAGCAAAGCGAAUACGAAAAAAUCGCCAAGAAUAUGAUGCUUUGGCAAAAGUGAUCCAGCAUCAUCCAGACAGACAUGAGACACUAAAGGAACUAGAGUCUCUGGGAAAAGAACUGGAGCAUCUUUCACAUAUUAAAGAAAGUGUGGAAGAUAAGCUGGAACUGAGACGGAAACAGUUUCACGUUCUACUUAGUACCAUCCACGAACUUCAGCAAACACUGGAAAAUGAUGAAAAGCUCUCCGAAGUAGAAGAAGCCCAAGAAACCAGCAUGGAAACAGACUCCAAGCCAUAGACAGGCUAUCGUUCACCAUUCCCAAGAAUACGGAAGUAACAACAUGCUCACUGUGUUUGGAACUUGUUGUACUCUUGAGAUUUAAACUUUUGGCAGUGAACUACUUUGCUUUUAAAUGUUAAUGCACAGUUCAUUCCGAUUUCUUUACACAAAGGAAAAAGACUUUAAUAUUGAUUUGUUUGUAUUGAAAUGCCUUUUUUAUUCUUGAAAGGUAGGAAGCAACAUCCCAAAAUGUUUCAUAGAAUGUUUUCAAGCCAGAUAUGUUUUGUGCUCAGUAGUGUUGUAGGUAGUUUUUAACUGGUAACACUGAUUGACUUAUAAACUAAGUUGAAGGUGGUGAGAAAGCGGCAUUUCCAGGAUGUGGGUGAGAAAAUGAGUCAAUCUGGAAAUUGUUACCACUUUUGAAAAUGGAGUUCAUGAAUAGGCUUCAAGAGGGCUGCAAAUUUGUGAAAUUAUGUUCAAAAUAGGGGUAGCGUAUGCUCAUUUGGGGAGAAGUUGCAUGAUACUAACAAUCGGUGGUGUAAGAGGUAAUUAUAAGAUGAAAGCAAAUCAAUAUGCAUUGCUUUCUAGAUCUCUCUCCUCAACACUUGAGCAAUGUGGUUAUAAAAUGUUUUGUGAAUAUGUUUUCUCCUACUGUUUCAUUAUGUAGGGGUCAUUUUCAGCAGAAAAAAAAAUUGAUAAAGAAAAAGUUGUCUCAGAAAAACAGUCUGUUAAGAUGCUCUUGCAUAAAGGAUUUCAUCAUCUUAAAAAUUAA